UGGAGAAAUAGUUGGAAGUUGUACUGUGUUCAGUGUUUUUUAUCUUUUUGUGUGACUAGAUUCCAGUUAUUCCACAACUUUCUAAGGCCUUCCUCAUGUAUAGCUAUACGCGAGCAACUUCAGCUUUUCCAUCGAUUUUCCGAACCCUAUUUCAUACGUGUUGCAACAAUAACAAAGACGUUCGUUUUUACAGUUGUGCUUCUCAACUCUUGUCGUCUGCUACGCGUCGUAGUGCUGUGUCUUCAAAUUCUUCUUGUGCAAGUCAGUGUGCAAGUGCUACAGUUCAAAGAGGUUUGGUUGGUAAUUUCGGAUUAUCAACACAUUGGUCAGCUACAUCUUCAAACGUACUUAAACCCAAGAACCCAUUUUGGAACAGGACAAGCGCACAAUAUCUCAGGACUUGUUGUGUUUUAUCGAAAACAAUGAAUUUGUCAGACGUGCUCGGAGGGCUUGAGAAGUUUGCACCGACUUCACUUGCCGAAGGCUGGGACAAUGUUGGGCUGCUUGUCGAGCCCACACCACCCCAUCAAGUCCAAACUGUGUUCCUGACCAACGAUCUGACCGAAGAAGUGUUAUCUGAGGCAAUCCAGGCGAGAGCUGAUUUCAUCUUGUCGUAUCAUCCUCCAAUAUUCAGCGGCUUGAAAAGAUUAACGAUGGCCAGCACAAAGGAAAGAAUAAUCGUCAAGGCAAUUGAGAAGAGAAUCGCCAUCUUUUCACCACACACAAGUUAUGAUGCUGUUCGUGGGGGUGUAAAUGAUUGGCUAGCUGAGGGUCUGGGUCCUGGCAAAGUUGACCCUCUAAAGCAUUCAACCUCUUCUGGUGGAUCAACCCACAAGCUUGAAUAUCAAGAGAAAAGAUCGGCUCCAUUUUACCUUCCACCAGAUCUCAUUGCAUCCGGAGUGAAGAAAGACAAAAUUGAGAUAGGAACUAUGUUGAUGUUUCACUGCACAGUAAACUGCAGCGAGAAAGGUUUGGCUUCAUUCAUGGAAGCUGUGGAGGAUUACCCAGUGAUAAAGAAAUCUAUUACGAUUACAAAAUUUGAAAAGCUACAAAUACCAGGCACCGGUAGUGGUAGAAUCUGCAAAUUGGACAAUCCAACGUCCAUAGUGAAGAUGGUAGAGCUUGUCAAGACUCAUCUGAAGCUGCAGUAUGUUCAGCUGGCUCUAGGAAGCAACAAGUCAAAAGAAUCUGAAGUGCAGAGUGUAGCCAUUUGCGCUGGUUCAGGGGCAAGCGUCCUCUCUGGAGUCCAAGCUGAUGUGUACCUGACAGGAGAGAUGUCACAUCAUGACAUCUUGGCUGCUGUCGCUAGGGGAACGAGUGUCAUCGUGUGUAACCAUAGCAACACAGAGCGGGGAUACCUACCCGUACUGAAAUCAAAGCUGGACGUAAUAUUUGAGGGAAGACUGAACAUUGUUGUUUCACAGAUUGAUGCGGAUCCUUUGAAUGUUGUUUAAAACACAUCUUGUCUCAAGUAUUGAAAAGAAAAUUUUGGGAGUUAUUUCCUCCUCUGUUUCUCUUUUUUCUCCAUCUAUCCGCUGAACUUUGACUUUUUGCAUAAAGUGUACACAGCACAAGGAAACAAUGUUUAUGAUUUUAACAUGGGAGAAUCUGCCUAUGGAAGAUUUCAUAAACUUUUGAUGUGGAGGAAAGGGGAAUCCAUCUGAAAAGCAUUUAUUUUCACAAAAUUUAAUUUUUAAUUUGACAUUAUUGUAAAAAAAAUUAUGAAGCUUCUUUAAAAGAACAAAGUACAUCGUAUAACAGGCACAUAUUGUCUACAGAAAUAAUAAUAUUAAGAGACAUGUAUAUAGCGCUCUUACACACGAGGUACCACAGCGCUUUACAAGAAACUAUACAAUAAGCACAUCAAUAAUGGCACUGAUAAUGGAAAAAAAAGCAAAGCAAUCAAUCAUUGAACGGGAAAGUUUUAAGAUGUUUCUCGAAAACUGCAAGUGACUCCGCGGAGCAUAUUCAAUGAGGGAGACGGUUCCAAAGGAGCGGAGCAUGUGCGUAAAAAGCACGGUCCCCAGCAGCGGAAUGCACCUUUGGAACUGCCAAGAGUGUACUGUCUGAACCAGAGCGAAGGCCAGGUCUUCCAGGUUGGUAAAUCUUGAUGAGGCUGGUGAGAUAUGAAGGAGCGGUAUUGUGAGAACAUUUGUAUACAAUGGUGAGGAUCUUGAAAACAAUACGCUGAUGGACUGGGAGCCAGUGAAGUUGAUGGAGGAGUGGUGUGUCUUAUUUAUGACACUUAAAAAUGCUGAAUAUUAUUUAGUAUGGGUGCAAGUCCUCGUUGCUGCGAUUUGUUUUGGCUUUUUGUAGUUUGUUUUCUUCAAUAUCUGGUACAGUUGUCACAGUAUAUAUUUGUGCAUUGCUGAUGGAGGGUGUGGCAGGAGAUUCUGUCCCUCCAUUCGGCAAAUUGUUUAGAAAUUUGAUCUGGAAACUCUUUUCAGUAUCAACUUCCUUAAUUUACCGUACGGGGGACACACACCAGGGGACGUUUGAGAGAAAAAAAUGCCACAACUUCAAAUAGUCAAGAACAACUCUUUUAAAUGUUGGGCACAAAGUAGUGAAUCAUGUGAGUCUAACACUUUUGUAUUUCAACUUUGUGCUCUUAUAAAAACAUCUUUUGUAGACUUUAACCAUUUUUAAACAGAAUAAAUGUUAUCAUGACAGCCUUAAACAAAACAA